CAUCUGUAUCGUGUGGCUGUUUAUUUUACAGAGAACAGUAGUGAACAACAACCAGAGACUGAAUCUCAUUUAAACAGUUUAUUGAUAGCACAAAGUGGAUGUACAGCGUUGGUGGGGGAGACAGUGGUUGCCAACCAGGACUUCUACUGUGCAUCCCUGUGAAGAAAAAGUCAACAUCUGACUGUCAAUACUCACCUGACCAUUGUUUCACUUUACAUUGUGGUGACAAACAGGUCGAGUCUCAAAUCUUUUAUAUAAUGUUUUUGUGAUGAUUUGUCACAAGUGCAGCUGUGAUCAUUGUCAGGAACAAAAAACAGUCUGUAAAGAGACACCCCGCCUCUUCAAACCGCCUGUCAGGACCUCAGUGUUAUAAAGCACCGUUACAGUGACACGAUCAUAUGCACAAUGAGGAGCUUCACCCUGAUAACAGCUUUACUUCUCUGCAGCCUCAGCUGGAUCUCUGUCUCAGCUUCUGAGUCUCAGACUGUGGAAGUUCAGCCUGGUCAAGAAGUCACACUGCUGUGCUCCAACUUUUCCAGUGUUCCCACUCAGAUAUUCUGGUUCAAACUGGUGAACAGAAGACAUCCACGCUGUAUUUCCCACAUGUUCAAUCCUCAUGAGCCUGCUAAAUUCUGCUCUGGAUUUCAAAAUGAAAAAUUUGAAAUGCGAUCAAACAUCUCUACUGUCUUUCUGAAAAUCAAACAAGUGGAUUUAUCUGACUCUGGACUGUAUUUCUGUGGAUAUUACAUCAGCAGCAGCGACCCUGUUAUUGUUGAUGCAACAUAUUUAGAGGUUCAAGAGUUUGAUGGAGUGAAAAACCUGAUGAGUGUGACGCUGGCCGCUCUGACUGCUUUCCUCGUCAUGGUCGUCAUUUGUCUGGCUGUUAAAAUCAAAAAGCUCCAGAAAGCUGAUAAUGAACAAAAGAGUCCUCAAUGGAGAGAGAAUCUGGACUCUGAUGAUCUGAAGGACGCAGACCUGAGUUUGUAUGCAGAGACAGUAAGAAGGAGGAAGCCUGAAUCAGAGAGAGAAGUGGAGACUCGUGUUGUUUAUGUUGCCAGCAGACAGACUCGCUGGAACUGAUGCAUUAUCAUAUUAAUCUGCUGAUGUGAUUUCUGUCUAAAAGUAAUGAAGAGCAGGAGUUCACAUCUUGUAUGUAAUUUUAAAAAACAAUACUGUAAUAAAUAUCAUACGUUGGUGAACCAUUGGCAGUGGUUUUCAUCAUUAGAAUACAUUUCUCUUUUUGAUAAAGUGUGUCUGAUACUAUUUAUUCAGCCACCAGAUAGACUCAGGAAGCACCUGGAGCUGCAGCUGGAAGUGUGACAGUUAGAUGGAGGUCUGCAGCAGUGCACAUUCAAGUUAAGCCUUCAUUUCAACCAUAAGAAAUAUCAUCAGCAACACAUCACUUGUUUGACAGGAAGAGACAGCACAGUGUGGUUUGUCAGGGUACAAUCAGUUAAGAAAAAAAGAAAUGGCAGUCAACCACCGUUCAAACAUACAGUGCAUCACUACAAUAAUAGUACAAGUAAGGUAACUGUAUCUCAAGAGAAGCGUCAGCCUCAAAAAUAUGCACAGCUUCACAUGAAAGCAUCCACUCUACAGGCUGUGUGUUUGAGAACCAAAUGGUUUAAAUAAAGCCAAAUGGGACUUCUGUUGCCUGCUUCCUUUUUUCAGUUUGUAAAAGUCCAGGCUGAUCCACUUCCAGAGUGUUUGACAGUGUGAACCUG